AUGAGCCCACCAAAACGCGAAGAUGCAACCGUGACGCGGACAAAGCUUGCUCCGCCUGAGCCCGCAAGCACUUCGAAUUCUUCCGCUAUUCCCAAAUCGAAGCGCCGACCAGGUCGCACCUUCAAGACUCCGAUUCGGAGCAGCUCGUCUCGGUCCUCUCGGUCCUCUCGGUCGAGGUCUAGCCCCUACGACCGUCCUUCUAAUUCGCCUAGACCCAGAAUCUCGCGCCCCCAUACUCCCCACAGGAUGUUGUCCCUCCUCGAGGCCCUCCCCGUCGAGAUCAUCGAGCAGAUCUUCCUGCACUCGCUCAAUCUAAACUUCCCCCGAGCUUCGCCGUUCUUAUCCCGCGCCCUCUCCGGUGAACACAUCUAUCGCGCCCUCAUCCUGCUUGCAUUCUGGAAUGAUUCGCUCGACUACCCCCGUAGCAAGGCUGUGGAGCGCAUGAUGGUCCCGCUCGACUAUGUUCCUAUCAAACUGGAGGAGCGCGCCCGCUUACAGGAAGCCGUCUUCAAGUGCAGGUGGUGUACCGUGGACCGCGUGCGUGCGCAGAUCCCGACAAUGCAGAUCUUGACUAUCCACCGUCGCUGGAUCAACGCCGGUAUCGUGACCAAGGAAGAGGAGCAGGCUGCUUUUGAAAAGUUCCUAGCACGUAAGGAUGACAGUGUCCUCGUCUUCCAUGGCAAGGGAGAACCAAUGAAGGAACUCGCGAGCAUGCCCCCAGAGUUCUUUCAGAUGGCCCCGAACGCGCUGAAAGGCCCCCACAUAUACGAGCUCAAUAUAAUGCCAAUGGUUACCACCGAGCUCCAAUGUGUGGAUGUGAGAUUGACUGUCAAUCUCCCUGCACUGGAUCUGUGCAAAUUCCCAUCUCAUCUCCUCCGAGGCCGCAGCAACGGGUUCCUUCCAGAAGACGUUGCUUUCCUGGAGAUGCUACGCAUGACAUCGUGCAAUUGGACCCCUGGAAAGAGCUCCCUGACACCCUCGACCCUGACCAAAGUCGACCGCAAAGCCCUGAACGAAGGAAUCCAGAACGCAAUCCGUCACCAGAACUUCAACGCCAUGCUUUCCCUCCUCAAAAUUGACGAGUUCAUUUUCCGCUACAAAGCAGAGAACCAAGGUCGCGGCGUCUUCUAUACCAUCCCGCCUGAACACUUCCUCGCUGUUACCCGCACCGGCCGCGAUAAGCCACAUCUCAACUUGGCUUUCUUUGAGGCUCUCCUCCGUGCUAGUGCGGAGUCUCUGCCUAGCUGGUCGUCGGAGAUCACACAGUGGACCGUCGAUAAUAUGGAACUGGCGAAGAAGAACCCGAGCACUUAUAACCAGAUUAAUGGUAAGUUUGCGCGCUGGUUGUCAGAUUUCCUGCUGCGCCUCCCUGCGCAGGUUGAGUAUGCUAGUAGUUUCCCGAGUGGUCAGUUGUUUUGUUGUGGUCAGUUGGAUACCUUGGAUCUUGAGGGCGGCCGCUUUCUCGAUGAAGUUCUUAAACCAUCCCGUGAACCAAUGGGGAAUUGGUUGAUGGAGAGUUCGUUCCGGACUGAGGAUUACUGGCUGAAGAAGUUCGGCCCUCCUCUUCCUCCAUGA